AUGUCAACUACAACACCAACACCUCAUAGUAAUCAUCUUACUAAUAUCCAACCAUCAUCAUCCAAUAAAUCAAAUCACCAACAGCAACAACAAAAUGUACGUCCUAAAUCAGGUCCAAUCACCAAAAUGAUUCUUGAUUUGAUUCUUGGUUCUAUCCUCGUUCAUUUCAUCCAACUUGUAACUUCAUUCAUCUUACAUUUAAUCGUACCAUUCCCGGAAUCAUUAUCCAUCCCAUCAGAUUCAGCAUUCUAUUCAGCUAUAAAUAAAGCACCAUCAUCAACUUCGAAUACAUCUACAUCUACCAAAACUAAUAAAAAGAAAAGAAGAGAUGUAAAAGUUAAAGAUUUGGAUUUAUUUCCUUCUAUUAAAGUUCAAGAUCAACAACAUAAAGAAGAAGCUUCAUCUAAUUAUCAAUAUCAAUGUCAAAGUCAACUGUUUGUAGAUGAUGAUUUAUUUAGUGAUGAAGAAAUAACCGCUCCUCAACCUUGUUCAACCGGUUUAACUACAAGAUUAUUACCAUUUAAAAAUGAAAAGGGAGAAAUUGAAUGGGCUUUUACUGAAGAUGUAAUACCUGGUAAUGAAUUAGAUGCCUUCAAAUUAAAUACUAAUAAUGGUCCAUCCAAUGCUCAUACUGAAAAUGUAAAGAAAGAACUUGAUGAAGAAGAUGAUGUUAAUUUAUCUCCAACUGUUUCUAAUUCAUCAUCAAAUAAUGAAUCAAUCUUAUCUAACUCAAAGAAAGAUGGUAAUAAUUCCGGACUUGAUAGUCAUCAUAGUCAUAAUACUGAUAAUUCACAUGGUGGAGAUUUAACUACUCCAUUAACUUCUCAUCAUUCAUCCCCUUUUACUCCUGAUAGAAGUGUGGAUAAAAAGAUUUUAUCUCAUUCAUCGUCUUCUGAAAAUCUCGUCGAAGAUGAUUCUGAUGAAAUUGAUGAUGAAUCAAAUGUUGAUGAUGGUAAAACUCAUCAAUGUCCUCAUUGUGAUGCUGUAUUUAAAAUCAGAGGUUAUUUGACUCGUCAUUUAAAGAAACAUGCUUUAACUAAAGCUUAUUCAUGUCCAUUCCAUAGUUUCAGUAUUUAUAUUGAUGAAAAUAAUGUGACUCAUAAAUGUCAUCCAAAUGGUGGAUUUUCAAGAAGAGAUACUUAUAAAACUCAUUUAAAAUCAAGACAUUUCAAAUAUCCAAAAGGAGUUAAAACUAAAGAUAGAUCAAGUUCAGGUGGUACUUGUUCAAUGUGUGGAGAAUAUUUCCGCAACGCUGAAAUUUGGUGUGAAUUACAUGUCGAAGGUGGUGAAUGUCGUUAUUUACCAGCUGGAUUUAAAGGUAAAUCAAGAAUUAAGAAUAAAUUAAAGAAGAGAUUAUCAAAGAAACAACAAAAAGAAUUAGAUGCUUCUAAUUUAACUAAUCAAGUAUUACAUUCUCAUUAUAUUUCAGGUAAUAUCGAUCCAAUUACCAAUACUAUUAUUGAUAAUCCAACUUUGCCUGAUGUAGUUUCAACUCCAUUUGUGGUUGAUACUCCUCAUUCAUCUUCUGGUGCUACUCCAGGUGGUCCAUCAUCAGCUAAUAAUAUGCCACCAUAUGAUUAUAGUGGACAUUCACCAGUUCCAUCAUUAACUUCAUCCACUAGUAAUUAUCAAUCUCAAAUGAAUAAUUCUACUUCAAAUUCCAUUCCAUCUGCCAAUACACCAGUGUCAACUAAAUCACCAAUUAAUUACUCCCAAAUAUUACAAGCUCAAGUUCAAAAUCAACAAUAUCCAAGAAAUCAUUUACCAAAUGCUACCAAUCAAUCGCAAGUGACACCAAUUUUUGAACAAUUUGAUCGUUCAAAUCAAAUUCAACAAAGAAAGCUUGAAGAAUAUGAUGAUGAAUUUUGUUUAGAUAUUGAUCAAUUAAAUAAUUCUACCUUCAAUAACUAUAACGAAAUCCUUCAUUAUUUCAAGAAUGGUGCUCCACAACAGCAACAACAACCACAAGCUCAUCAACAACAACCUACUCAGUACAUGAAUCAAAAACAGCAACCAACUUACAACCAUCCAUCCCAUUUCCAACAACAACAAGCACAAGCACAAGCACAACAACAAUAUUACAAUCAGUACAUUUGA